UGCCCGUGUUUACAGGAAGACAUGGCACAGACGAUGUUGUCAUCUUUUCUGGCUUUUCAACUAAACUGUCAUUUCGCGCAGUUACAAGUGUCUUUGACAACUAUGAAGGAUUAUUAGCCUCUUUGCAGGUGGAGCAGCAACAAGACCACAUCAGCUCAUCCUCAGCCAGCGCUCCUCCUGAUCUCCCACAAUGCCCCAUGCGCAACCCCCACUCUCUGUGAGUCAGCAAGAAAUUCCUGUACUUUAGCAGCGGAAAUUACAUCCUGGCCUUCCUCUCAGUUGGUCCCAUUGAUUGACCUACUUCAGUCUCAGCUGCCUAUUGCAUUUCUUCACAACUGGAACAAUGGUAUCAAGAUCAAAUGACUUUCCAGCCCUGGAAGGGGGGCCCUCUGAUGGCAUGUUGGGAGGGAUGUCCAUCCCCAGGGGGAUGGCCCGCCGUGCUAUGAGCUAUGACGAGAGCCUGGAGGGGCCCAUGUCCCCUCUCCCCUCGGACAUCAACAUCAGCAACCUGUGGAAGAGGCCCGUCAUUCCUGACCGCAAAUUCCAGCGACUCGCUGAAGAGGAUGAAACAGGAAGUGAGCUGACGCAUACUCCCUCUGUUGACGUGGAGUCUGCCAAACCUCUGGUUCCAGUGGUGAAGGCCAAAGCCUCCUCUGUCCUCAUGAGCUCCCUCAUUACCAAGCAGACGCAGGAGAAUAUCCACAGGUUUGAGAAGCAGGCCGGUCUGACGGACACAGGCUACAGCCCUCAUAAAGGCCUGGUCGAUGAGACCCACUAUCAUCGCAUGGCUGAUUCAAUACACAAGAUGCACAUGCAGAAUACUGACCUAAAAGAGGACAAACAACCAUCUGCUCAAUCUACUCCGACAACUACUCCACAAUCCUCCCCGAAACAGAAGCGCAGGAGCUGGUUCAGUCAGGGUUCCGCUGCUUCCAUCACCAGCUCUGAGCUCAGCACUAGCUCGUCCAGCUCUAGUGUUGAUUUGGGAGCUGGCGAAGGAGGGGCUGUGGAACGCUGGACCUUCUUUGGACCUCGCCUUCCUGCGCAGAAGCCCACCAUAGACCCCAGCGCAGAGCCCACAGGUGCAGCCCAUCCAGGGGGGUUCGCAUUGCAGCCCUACAAAGGAGCCCAGAAGCCGACCCCUAUGGAGGUGAUGAAGGCUCAGGCCACUCGGCUGGCAGAAGCUGCUGACCCUGCCAAAGCUCCCAAGAUGGAGAUCCCCACCAUGGACGGCAAGAGGCAGAUGACCCGGCCUCACAAGCUCAAGCACCGCGACAUGAACGUCCUCACUCCCUCUGGCUUCUGAGCUUCUCUCUCUCUCUCUCUCUCUCUCUCUCUCUCUCUCUCUCUCUCUCUCUCUCUCUCUCUCUCUCUCUCCACCCCGCUGCCGCCACAUGUUGUAGUCUUUGCUGUGUCCUCCUGGUCCUCUUGCUAUCAUGUUGCGUGCAUACAUGCACUGUAGUUGAAGUAUUCCCUCCCUCAACCCCCACCCUCAGUGGAAGCCCAGUAAAGCUGUAGGUCUGUCAGUGAAGUGCUCACAGUUCUGCAUCUGCGACGAACAGUAGCUGUUAGUAAUUGUGUUGUUUGUGUGUUGAAGUAUUGCUGUUUGUGCCAUUCUAAUUUUCUUCUUUUUUUUUGUUUUUUUUUUUAACCUGCUUCUUAAUUUUGCCUUUUGUUGUAAUUCUGUUUAUAACACAUUGUGUUUUAAUGAGUCGUUUGAUAUUUUCUUGAACAUUCCUUAUCUGAAUGGUGCAGCAUUUUGUAAUAAUUUAUGUUGUGUGAUGCAACAUUUGAUGAUCAACAUUUGAGUAUGUGACCUUUUUCAUUAGAUUUUUUUUUUUUUUCUUCCAUUAUUUCACAAGGGCCUCAAAAGCGAUGAAACAACAGUCCCAACAACUUUCUGAUGUCAUACAGGGACACUCAUUGUGAUUGGUAUUCUCUGUCUACUGGCUGCUCUCAUGGCCAACCAUUCUCUGUGAAUCAGUGGUCCUAAAGUUUCACGUUCUAUGUCAAUGAAGUUAUUAUACCUUGGAAAAAAAUUAAAUGAAGAUAACGAGG